ACACGCACACACAUAAGAGUCUGCCUGAACACGUCCAGAGGGAGAGGAUGAAUCGAGCUGGAGAGUGUUAUUUCUUUCGCCUCCAUGUGUGUGUCGGUGUGUGUGUGUGUGUCUGUGUGUGUGUAAGUCAGGUCCUCUGAGGGGCUGUGUGUCUUAGCUCUGACCGGGAGCCAAAAUGGUGAUUAUAGAGUAGAGAGACUAGGUGUGGCAAGAUGGGGCGGCGUCAAAGGCUUUGUCUAUAGUUCCCGUGCAGCCCACCAACCGGGAGGAGGCUCAGCCUGUCUAUCAGAGUGUGUCCUGGGUCUCAGUCUGGGAUUGAAAGAGCUGCUACUGCACGGGGCUGAACCUCUUAAACCGGGACCUGAACCACCGGGAAUAAGACAAGCACAAGUUCAAGAAGCCUCGUUGGGACCUUUGUAAGCCAGUUACGAGACCGAGUGAAGAACUGCUGGAGCAUACUGCCUCUUUUUUUCUCCUAUCGCACUCAUUUAACUCAUGACAAAGAUUCUUUAAAGAGAAACAACAGAAAGAAAACUUCUGCGGAGUGCCUGCCGAGUCACAAACCUUCUGAAGAGGACCUUUCUUUUUUUAAGGGGGAAUCCAAAGAGAUUUAUUUCUUCAAGGAUGCGAUCUCAAUGAUAACACCAGUUGGAAUAUGGGACUUUUAAUCUAUGAUUUGGACCAUGGGGACAGGAAACUAUGUUUUGUUACUCAGCUCUGGGUAAUUUUGAUAACUCUUGCAGGUAAAAUCUCUCCCACCAGCUCAGAUGCUCUCCUCAGCUUCUCAGCAGUGACGGCCAACCCCUCGCCUCCCAAUGUGUACCUUCCCGCCAACUUCAAAAUGUCCAACGCACAACUGGCCUUCUUCCUACGGGAGGCUCAGAUCUCAGGACCAACAGUUGGCGGCAGGAGCAACCCGAGCUCUGGACACCCGCUGCAGCGCUCGGAGAGUUUUGUGGUUUUCCAGACAAAAGAGCUCCCUGCCAUCAACAUAACCUUUGGGCCUUUUGCCCGGGACCAGGCUCUGUCCAAAGAGUUGCUGCAGCCCACGAGUCCGCUGGAUAUCCCCGGACAGCUGACGGUCAACUGGAAGGUGCGGGCGUUUAUUGUCCAGGCGAGGGUGUUCUCCAACAACCCCACGUUGCAGGUGUUCUUCUACAUCGCCGGGCGCGACUGGGACGACUUCAAGGCUCAGGACAAGCUUCCCUGCGUCCGUCUGCACGCCUUCCGGGAUGUGCGUGAGAUUAAAACGUCCUGCCGCAUGAAGGGCAACCUGGCGCAGUGUUUGGCGCAGCUGGAGCUACCUCCGUCCUGGUUUAACACCAACGUGGCGCCGCUGGGUCGGAGGAAAGGCUCGACGGACGGGCUCCUGGACGGGUUGACCAGUGAGACCCUGCAGGCGGAGCUCUACUACACCCUGCACGGGCCCAAUGUGGACGGGGAGUGCAUUGAGGGGUUAGGGCACAGGGGUGGAGGUGCUUCCAGGGGAGAACCUCUGUCACAGCACCCCCUGCUGCGCAUCGGGAGCAUCAGCCUCUACCAGGCCAGCCAGGAGCAGCUGCUGGUGGACAAGCAGCUGGACAAGAACAUGUUCCUCAGGCUGCCCGAAAAGCCCCUGAAGCCGGGGGAAGUGCUCCAAAUCUCCCUCUACUUGAUGCCUAACUCCACUGUGGAGCAGUUCACCCUCAGUCUCCGGGGUCUCGCUCUGCGUCCCACGUCUCAUCGUCGCUGUCACUGUCUGCUCGUCUUCUGCCGGCACUUUGAUGGGAAACGUCAGCACCUCUCUCCGCUCGUUCAGAUCGUAUGACUCGGGCAGUGAUGCCUCCGCCGAGGGCCGCGUUGUCACGACACAUCGGGUGACACGGAGAACUGAUGUUUAUCAGCUGAUAGAAGAAGAGAGGGGCAGAAGAGAGCUUCCACCCGAUGAGGAAAUAAGACUUUAUAUGAGGCCUUAUUGGAUUGUGUCUACUUCCUACUGCUUCCUUCCUUCCUUCAUUCUUUUCUCUCUCUCAACCAUGAACAAGUUAUUUGAGGUCGAGCAGCAGGGGGGAAAGUAUUGUGAACUAUAAUGGGUGCCGAUCCCCUCUUAACCGCCGUUGGCACAAGUCACAAAAGGGAGGUGAACUGUAUGUGCCAAGGUUUUAAUGAAAUGGGCUUUUUGAGGCUGA